UCAUAUUCCCACCCAUGACUCCGACUCCGACACUGACCCAUGCCCAUGGCCGCGCUCCGCCUCCUGCUUCUCGCGCUCGCCGUCGCCUGCUGCGCCGUUGCCGAGCCGCCGCAGCAGGAGCGCUCGGCUCUGCGUGCCUUCCUCGCCGGCACGCCGCACGAGCGGGCGCUCGCCUGGAACGCCUCCACGCCCGCCUGCGCCUGGGUGGGCGUCACCUGCGAUGCCGCCAACGCCACCGUCGUCGCGCUCCGCCUCCCCGGCGUCGGCCUCAUCGGCCGCGUCCCGCAGGGCACUCUCGGCGCGCUCCGCGGCCUCCGGGUGCUCUCCCUCCGAUCCAACCGCCUCUUCGGCGACGUCCCCGGCGACCUCUUCUCCCUCCCCGACCUCCGCUCCCUCUUCCUCCAGGGCAACCUCUUCUCCGGCUCCGUCCCGCCCGACGUCGCCAAGCUCACGGCGCUCCAGCACCUCGCGCUCUCGCACAACAACCUCACCGGCGCCAUCCCCUUCGCGCUCAACGGCCUCGCCAACCUCCGCUCGCUCCGCCUGGACGGCAACCGCUUCUCCGGCAGCCUCCCGAGCUUGACUCUCCCGCUCCUCGAGGACUUCAACGUCUCCUACAACCAGCUCAACGGCUCCAUCCCCGCCUCGCUCGCGCGCUUCCCGCCUGAGUCCUUUGCCGGCAACCUCCAGCUCUGCGGCAAGCCCCUGAGCCGCCCAUGCGAGCCCUUCUUCCCGUCUCCUGCUGGCGCGCCGACGCCGACGGAUGGACGAGGCAGCGGAGGCGGUUCCGUGCCAGUGUCCGAGAAGAAGAAGAAGAAGCUGUCCGGCGCGGCGGUCGCGGCCAUUGCCGUGGGCGGCGGGGCGGCGGCACUGCUGGCCCUGGUGCUACUCGUGGUCUGCACCGCGGCCUCCCGGCGCCGCGCGGCGAACGGCGAGGUCGGGAAAACAGCGGCGGCGAGGGGCCUGACGCCGCCGUCGACGGCGUCGGGGGAGCUGGGCGAGGUGACGUCGUCGACGUCGAAGGAGAUCGCUCUGGCGGCGGCGGCGGCGACGGCGGAGAGGAGCCGGCUGGUGUUCGUGGGGAAGGGGGCGGCGUACAGCUUCGACCUGGAGGAGCUCCUGCGGGCGUCGGCGGAGGUGCUGGGGAAGGGGAGCGUGGGGACGUCGUACAAGGCGGUGCUGGAGGAGGGCGCCACGGUGGUGGUGAAGCGCCUCAAGGAGGUGGCGGCGUCGCGGCGAGAAUUCUCGGCGCACCUCGACUCGCUGGGCAAGGUGGACCACCGCAACCUCCUCCCCGUCCGAGGCUACUACUUCUCCAAGGACGAGAAGCUCCUCGUCUGCGACUACCUCCCCGCCGGCAGCCUCUCCGCCACGCUCCACGGGAGCCGGGGCACCGGGAGGAGGACGAUGGACUGGGACGCGCGGAUGCGCGCCGCGCUGUCGGCCGCGCGCGGCGUGGCGCACUUGCACGCCGCGCACAGCCUCGCCCACGGCAACCUCAAGUCGUCCAACCUCCUGCUCCGCCCGGACCCCGACGCCACCGCGCUCUCCGACUACUGCCUCCACCAGCUCUUCGCCCCGCUGUCGGCGCGCCCCAACGCCGGCGGGUACCGGGCGCCGGAGCUGGUGGACGCGCGGCGGCCGACGUUCAAGUCCGACGUGUACUCGCUGGGGGUGCUGUUCCUGGAGCUCCUCACCGGCAAGUCACCCGGGAACGCGUCCGUGGACGGCGACGGAGCGGUGGACCUCCCGCGGUGGGUGCAGUCGGUGGUGCGGGAGGAGUGGACCGCGGAGGUGUUCGACGUGGAGCUGGUGCGGCUCGGCGGGAGCGCGGAGGAGGAGAUGGUGGCGCUGCUGCAGGUGGCCAUGGCGUGCGUCGCCACCGCGCCGGACGCCCGCCCGGACACCGCCGACGUGGUCAAGAUGAUAGAGGAGAUCGGCAGCGGCCACGGGCGGACAACGACGGAGGAGAGCGAGGACCGGUCGAGGGGGACGCCGCCGGCAGGCACGACGCCGUGAACACUCUACUCUCUCUACUGGUGUCGUAAUGCAGCAGCACAUGUCAGGGUAAAUUGAUGCAUGAACAGCUUCGUUCGUUCGUUCGUGGCGAAGUUCUCUCACUCUGUUUUUUUUUUUGUCCUCCAUUUCUUCAGUUUAUAGCCUCUCUUGACUUGAUCUAGUAAUUCUUCCAUUGUUUCGUCGAUCAAAUGAGUUGUUACUACCUGUUCGUUCCUCUUCAGCCAAGUGUAAUUUUUCAGUCCGUAUCUACUACCACCAUUGUAGCUCUUCGUAUAUGCAUCUUCAUUUUGAUGCUGUGAAGUA